AUGUCUUCCACGGAGAACCUGAACAGCAAUGUCGAGGAGGAGGCGAACACCUCCAGCAACAGCUUGAACAGCAUCAAGUCGGUCUUCUCGUCGUUGAGACGCGCCGCCACAAACGACAGCAAGAAGAGCGACGCGUCGUCGGACUCAAAGUACGACCCCCUCACCAUCCAGCCCGACCCUCUCCCGGACAAUCGCAGCGAGAUUGAAGGUCUCCUCAACCGUCAGCUUAGCGCGCUCGACCACCUCCGCCGCACCGUCGUCGCCCGCAACCAAGAAAUCAAAGACUACUGCUCCCGCGCAGCCUACUACUACAACCUGCGACCGCGAGUCGCACCCUCGUUUCUCCGCCAGCUCGACAUCGAGAUCCACGUCCUUCGCCAGCAGCGCAACCGAUUCCAGGCCCUUGUGGAUAUGCGCCACAAUGAGAUCGUGCGCAUGGCUGAACAUCGGAAGAAGUUGGAUGCGGACCAAGGCCUGGAUUGCAACGUCUAUGACAUGUAUCUCGAUUUCCGUCGCGUUUCUGAGUGGGAGCAGCUGUUCUCAAUCUGA